AUGUCUGCCGAUUCGUUCGGAAAAAACGUGAUAUCGGUGAAUUUGUUUCUUUUAAAAUUCAGCGGAAUAAUACCGUGCAAAACAACCCUAUUUUUCAACAUCGAUUGGACCAAUCUACUCGCAAUAAUUGCAUUUUUUUCUUUAACAACUUAUUCAGUUACUUACACUUAUGAAUUUGUUAAAAUAGUUAAUACAAUACACGUUGACAUUGCUUUAGAAUUUUUUUCUAUGAUAAUAUCCUUAAUAAGUGGACAAGCACGUUACAUCAUUUUAUGGAUUAAAAGAGAGCAAUUUUUACGAAUGUUAAACGUUUGUGAAAAUCUUUGGAUCGAAUUGGAUAAAUCGGAAAAACAUUUUGUUCAUGAAAAUAAUCCGAAUGAAACUGUUCAACGUAAUUUACCAUACGCUUUUAUAAUUGAAGUUCACGAGUCACCUUAUUUCGAGAUUGCUUAUGUUUUUCAAUUGAGUAGCAUGAUUAAUGUUGGUUUGACUUGUGUUGGUGUAGACACCGUUGGACCAGUUCUUAUUUUAAUUGCUUGUGGACAUCUUAAAGUAAUACAAAAUAAAAUGUUGUCGUUGAACGAAAAUAUGAAAUCUGAGUUCAUUGAAGACAAAGAUUUUGUGGAUUUUCAUCAAUCCAUUGUUUUGAAAGAUGUUCAAAUUAAACUUAAUAAUUGUGUUAAUUAUCAUAUUACGAUUUUAGAAUUUUGUAAGAACAUCGAAGAAUUAACAAACAUCAUGUUCCUAACACAAUUAAUUGGCAGUACUUACAACAUAUCAUUAGUUGGAUUUAAAUUAGCUGGGAAUGACCCUGAUAAGUACAAAUAUACUACACAAGUAUUGAUUGCAGUAAUACAACUUUUCCUUUGCAAUUGGCCACCAGAUGUACUACUUUUUGAGACUGCUGCAAUAGCUAAUUCGAGUUAUUCGGUGCCUUGGUACAAUUAUUCAACAAAAUUAAGAAGAUCAAUUAAUAUUAUUAUUAUGAGAUCUCAAAGAGCUGUACGUUUAACGGCUGGCAAAUUCACAUCUCUGUCCUUGGAAACUUUUGCUUCUAUGAUUUCAACGGCUGCUUCUUUCUUUACAGUGAUAAGUAGUAUGAAUUAA